UUCAUCCUUCCUCCUAUUCUUCCCUUUAAUCUAUUUAUUUCUGCUUUCCUUUCUCAUGCUAUUCCUUUUCAUCUUCUUCUUUACCCUGUUUUUCUAUCUUAUCCUUCCUUCCUUCUUUCUUCCUUCAUUUUUCCUGUUUUCCAUCCACAAUUUCAUAUUUUAUCCUAUCAUUCCUUUCUUUCUUCUUCAUCUUUUAUCAUACCUUGUAUUCUUUUCUCUUACUCUUUUAUUGUUAAUAAACACUAAAAUAAUGUUAAGUAUACAUAAACUGAUGGGAAUAAUCUUCUGCAAACAUAUUGGGCCUCCCAAAAAAGUGCAACUAUUUCUGUUCUCUGGAAAAUAAGCAGGGCGUCAUCAUCCCAAAACAAACAAAACACAGAGCUCUAAUAAAGAGAAACUUCUGGAGUAAACGACAAAUAUUUAUAAUUUAAUAAAGUUGUAUAAAUGAUGUUCUGUAUUAAGCCCUUACAUAAAUAAACAGUAACAUAUAUUGGCUAUAACAAUGUUUACAUAUAUGUGGCUACCAUUAAACAUCUUAUGAGAAAACCUAAUGUAAACCAUAUUUUCCUUGUAAAUUCUAAAGUCCCCAGUGUCAUAAUCAGCAAAUAUUUCAGCUCUGAAAAAAAAAAAAAAAAUAAAAUCACAUUUUACUCAGUGAGCAGCGUAUGAACCCAACCCCUCCCUGUUGUCACUGAACUGGAGCCAGUAUCACAGAUCCUCAGCGUCAGAUCAAGCUCAUAUAUAAGACACACUCUUCACUUCAGCCACAGCAGAUGGAAGGAUCUGCCUGCUGCUCCAUUAGCCACUAAACAAGACAAAAUGCUUGGUUUUCUGAUCUUGAAUGGAGUCGUUCGCCAAGGCUGCUGACAACCACAGCCUCCUGACACUGCUUGGAACACACCGUCACUGACACAGCUCGUCCUGAUGGCUUGUCUUAACUCCUCCAAUGGGAAUGGGACCAUACCCGGCAGACACCUUUACACCCCCCAGACUGCCGUACCCCUAAUCAUUCUGGUGGGUUUCCUAAUCCUGCUAACUGUUUUUGGCAAUGUUAUGGUGGUUAUCGCCGUGACAACGAGUCGAGCCCUGAGGGCGCCUCAGAACUUGUUUUUAGUAUCACUGGCAUGUGCGGACAUCUUGGUGGCCACCUUAGUGAUACCAUUCUCUUUGGCAAAUGAGCUGAUGGGUUAUUGGUACUUUGGCAAAGCGUGGUGUGAAAUUUACCUGGCGUUGGACGUGCUCUUUUGCACCUCAUCCAUUGUACACCUGUGCACCAUCAGUCUCGACCGCUAUUGGUCAGUAACCAAAGCAAUCGAGCACAAUCUAAGAAGGACGCCUCGUAGAAUCAAGAGCACCAUUUUCAUCAUUUGGGUUCUGGCGGCUAUAAUUUCAUUCCCUCCACUUAUCACGAUGACCAAGGAUAAAGGCAAAGAAAACCGUCCUGAAUGUAGAAUCAACGAGGAGAGGUGGUAUAUAAUAUUCUCCAGCACUGCUUCCUUCUUUGCACCCUGCCUCAUCAUGAUUAUGGUGUAUGUCCGCAUCUACCAGAUCGCAAAGAAAAGGACACGUGCUCUGCCGGGUGAAAUGCGCAAAGAAAAUGGACAGAUGGGGGACAAAAAGGGCGGCGGGGACCCCAGAGAUGAAAAAGGCAACCGGGAAAAGGAAGUUGUGGUUGACGAAGAGGUCAACGGUUCUGACAUGGAGUCAUCAUCCGAUGGGAACGACACCAUCCUUUGUUCAGUGAAGAAGAAGAAGGUUCUCAGAACAACCAAAGAGGCUCAGGGCAAGCCCGGCAGAGUGUCUCCAAAGACGGAGGGGCAGCCCUCUGUGAGGGUGAGCCGGCUUCAAGGAAGGCAACGCAGAGAGAGGCGCUUCACGUUUGUUCUGGCCGUGGUCAUGGGAGUGUUUGUUCUCUGCUGGUUCCCCUUUUUCUUCACGUACACCCUCACAGCUGUGUGCAGCACCUGCUGCGUCCCAGAGACGUUGUUCAAGAUGUUUUUCUGGUUCGGCUAUUGCAACAGUUCACUCAAUCCCGUCAUAUACACCAUAUUCAACAAUGACUUCCGCAGAUCUUUCAAAAAGAUUCUUUGCAAAGCCGACAGCAGGGGCUUGUGAAUCCCACUUACACACACACACACACACACACA